AUGCCGUCGGGGAGCGGCGGCGGCGGCGGCGGCUCUGCCCUCGGGCCCCCCCAUGUCCCCGCCAGGGCUGAGCCCGUUGCGCCCCCGCGGCGCCGCCCCGCCAGCCCCGGCGUCCGCGACGGGCGCCCCACGGGUGGGCACCCACGGCGUCACUCGCCCAGCACCUCCCCGGGGCGAGGUCUGUCACCAAGGGGCCGGUGCCCGCCCGGGGAUGGGGGCCGCGGUGCCCGUGGCUUGGAGGAGGCCGGAGCCCCGGGGCAAAGCCAGAUCAAGUCCAACAAGGACAAGGAGACCAAGGUCUUCUACAGCAUCACGGGGCAGGGGGCGGACUCCCCCCCGGUGGGCGUCUUCACCAUCGAGCGGGAGACGGGGUGGCUGGAGGUGACGAAGCCGCUGGACAGGGAGGAGAUCGACAGGUACAUGCUCUUCUCCCACGCCGUGUCGGCCAACGGGCAGCCCGUGGAGGACCCCAUGGAGAUCCUCAUCACGGUGACGGACCAGAACGACAACCGGCCCGUGUUCACCAAGCAGGUCUUCGUCGGCUACAUCGAGGAGGGCGCGAAGCCGGGUACGCGGGCUGCACCGGGGGGACCGGCGAGACGCGGGGCCCCGCGGCCCGGCCGGGCAGGACGCGUGGGGACGCCAGCCGGAGCUGAGCAGACCCCUGGCAGGGUUGGCCCCGCAAGCGAAACCUCUUCUGCUCGUCCCCGCGCCCAGGUACCUCCGUGACGACGGUGAACGCCACGGACGUGGACGACGGGGUGAACAUGGACGACGGGGUGAACGUGGACAAUGGCAUCAUCAACUACUCCAUCCUCAGCCAGCGUGCCCCGGCGUGCAGGGCCGUGGGCCGGUGCUGGAGCAGCACAGGUGCCCGUGGGCCGGGCUGCUCCUCUGCACCACAAGCCGUCCCGGCUGCCGGAGGGGGACGGCGGGGCCGAGCCCCCCUCGCUCACCCCGCGCUCGCCGCAGGUACCAGCUGGGCAGCGACCCCGCGGGGUGGCUGGCCAUCGACCCCCAAGAACGGCACCGUCAGGGCCGCCCGGGCCCUGGACCGGGAGUCGGUGCACGCCCCGAACAGCACCUACAAGGCCGUCGUGCUGGCCGAGGGUGUCCCCCGGCCCGGGACCCCAGGCCUGGCUCUCAGCCCCGUCUCUCCCGCCUCAGACGUGCUGGUCCUCAAGCUGGUGAAGGAGCUGGAGCCGGGGGAGCACCAGAUCAAGGCAAGGCAGCUUCUCGCGGCAGGCGGCCCCUGAGGACACCCUGGAGAUCGGGGCUGCCAAUGUGCACGGGGACGGGCUCGAGGCCACCACCGCUGCCAUCAGCAAGGCACCGCUCUCCGCGCUAAGGCCUGGCUGCAGGCAGGAGGACGACGCUGCUCUAGACCCUGAAGACUUGCUGGGGGCUGUUUAAUGGCGCAGAGCACGAACAGGCAGAGCCCAGCCCUGCUGCCUGCCCAGCACCGCGGGCCCCCGCAGCCCAGGGCCCCCCGCGCUCGCAGGGCGCCUGACCGGAGACGACGCACACACGUGUGCUCGCGGGCGUCACGUGGGCGCAGCCACGAGUCCCGCGGGGCCCUGCCCCACCGUCUGCCCCAGCGCAGGCAGCUCCAGCGGCUUGAAGCCCAGGCUGUCCGGAGGGAUGCCAAAGGCCGUCAGCUUUGCCGUGAACGUCUGCAGCAGGUCGUUGUGCGCCUGGAAGAGAAGUGCCCCAAGUUCUGGGCUGCCCCCCCGAAGCCCAGCUCCAGGCCAACCUGCCCCCCCGCCGCCACCUGAGCACAGGCUCCCCGCAGCCCCCUGCACGGGGCGGGAGGAUCAGGCCCUCCUUCGCCGGGGAACCGGGAGAGCUGCAGCCUGGGCAGGCAGAAGGGCCGUUAAAGAGGCAGGCACGGAGCAGCUUAGCCGACCUGCUGCAAGUUCCCCUCCCUCCCUACAACGCCCGGAGCGGAAGGUCUCGUUUUCACUCCUCCAAACCGCAGUGAGCACAGGACAGGCCCCAGCCCUGGCCGGGCAGGACAAGGCCGCCCCGGCCCCCUUCCCUCACCUUGCAGACUCGCGCCAGCUCGAACUGCAGGUCCUUGAUGGUGGUGUUCUUGGAAUCGAGCACGUCCUGCGAAGGGAGGCGGCACGUCAGCAUCGGCACCGAAGGCGCAGUCAGGCCAGGCUGCGCAGCAGCUGCGGCUCACGGAGGAGCUGCCGUGCAGCGUCCCGGCUGGCACCGCAACCCGGCUCCCACGGCGCAGCUCCGGCAGGGUCUGCCCCGCUCUGAGCAAGCCAGCCCCCGGCGGAGGUGACAGACAGGGACCUUGCAGGUUAACAAUAAGGGUCCGUGGAGCACAGGGGCACUGAACAGUAGUUUCCAGACAAGCAGGCCCCAUUUUCCACCCCAUGCUCCUCCCUGCAGACCCACAGCACCAGAAGAGCCAGCGUUGCGCUACAUCAUCCGCCCUGCUGCGAGGGGGACGGAUGGCAGCACCUGCUCUCGGCAGCACCUCCCUGACGUGGCGGCACCGGGGGAAUUACGGGGAGAGAGUCUCCCCGAGAAGACGCCAGCCACUAGAGGCAGCUGAGCAAAAGAAUUCAGGGAGCCCAGCAGCUGCAGGCAGCAUUGACGCCUUGUCGCCUUCCCAGGAAUGUGUUUUCCGAUCUGCUGCUGUGGCACCUGCCGCUCACCCGCUAGGUGACACAUCCGCUGCCCUGUCCCGAGAACAGGGCGCCUCGGGCUGGCUGGCCCGUUCAUCCCAAGGCGCCCUGGCACGAGCACAUCCGCGGGCCCCAUCGGCGCUCCACCGCGGAGGGCACCUGGAACGAGCGCGCCGGUGCGGGACGAGCAGGAGGGCACCAGAGAGCUGGUGGCUGAGCUGAGCGUGGAACAAAUCCCUCGUGUCUCAAGCUGAUACGAAGCAAGUGCUGCUUCUCCAGUUACUGCUGCUGCAGGCUCCAGGAAUGUGGGACUCAUCCUUCGCCACCACGCCAGAGGCUUUCCGCAUAAGUAUUUUUAGCGUGCCAGACAUUGCAGAGCCUCUGGGAACCAGUCUACGCUGCUUCUGCAGCCGGUGAGACCAGGAGAGGAGCGCCGGCGAGGUUCACCAGCUGCGACUCCCCAGGUGCAGAGCACCCAGGCACGGUGCUCCCUGCAGCCUACCUGCCCCAGCGAACUCGACCCAGCAGCCCCGGGGAGAUGGAGCCCGCGUCUGAGCGCCGCCUGCGCUGAGGCCUGGCUCCGAGGCCUCCCUCUCCGGAGGGAGAGCCAGCGCGCCUGCAGUGCCACGCGCAGCCUGGGCCCCCGCAGCGCUGGGGACAGGCGUGACAGCCCGAGCCCUGCCCUUCGCAUGGCCCGUCCGACCAGGGAGCGGGCUGAGCGCUCACCGCAGCAUCCCCGUUCUGCGGACUCCCCGUACAGGUGGAUAUCUGCAGUGCGGGGAGGAUGGGGACCCCGUUUCCUACCACGCAGCCCGGCUCUGCCCCGAAAGCCCAGACCCAGGCACCCCAGGUCCCAGCCACGCUCACACAGUCUGAGGUCUGUGUUUACCCCAGGCUCUGGCCCAGACCAGCCUCUGCUCCCCACAAAACCACCCCGAUGUGGGUGGGGGGCAGUUUUUGCAGUGUCCCGUAAUGGUGAACAGUACCUCCAGCUUGCGUGAGACCAAGGAGAGGGCGCUCGGGUCGAGGUUGGAGGCUGCGAGGACCUCGUUGAGCUCCACCUCCCUCUUCUCCAGGAUGCUGAAGAGCCCUUUCAGCUUGCGCUCCAGGAGCAGGUUCUUGAAUCCGGUCUUCUGCUGCACCUCAGUAAUGGCUUUGGUGAACUUCUGGUAGAGCUCGUCUCGCUCUGCCUGCACCUGCUCCCGGACACGACACAGCCACACUGCCCUCAGGACCACCGUGCUGGCAGCCACCCGGGGCAGGGAGGUCCAGCAGCCUGGCCCUGCCUGCUCCCGUGACAGCCAGGCCAUUCCCCCAGCACCUGCAACCCGGGGGACACGGGCGCAGGAGUGCGGCUUCCCUCUGCGGCUAGCACCUCCUCAGCACCUGCGCUUCCACCUCCUCCACUACCCGUAACAGCAGAAACCCACCAGCUGCCCAAAUAGCAGUGCCCCCCCGACACAACCUCUGCUGUCCAAAUGUUUCCCCUUCCAUUCCCCGCACUCUAGCUGCUCUGCACCCAAGCUCCUGCCCUAGGGCUCUGCGCCCACCCAGCUACCUCUCCUCCAAAAGGGCUCAGCUGUCUGUGAAGCCUCUCCCACCUUCAAGGCCCAGCAGGAAGCAAAUAGCCACCCCAUCCUCCCAGCAGCGGUGCAGAGAGGGGCCCUGCUUCCCCCAGCCCAGCCCAGCCGGCGGUAGGACCAGCAGUCCCCACUCCAAGCGCGUGGGGCUGCGGUGACACGCGGAGCCACAAGCCCCCCAACCCAGACCACACCUGGCUCCUCCCUGGCAGCAGGGCAGCAGCGACGGGCUCGCGGGGUUACAAGCCCUGCCUGGGAGUCGCUCAGGGAAGCCUUUUCGGUGCUGCGGGCUCCUGAGGACGGCUCGGAGCAGGCCACUCGGGACGGUCACAGUGCUCUGGGUCUGAGGCACUAUUUCAGACCUCCGAGAGAGGCCCACAGCACACGGGGUCUCUCCUUUCCUCCUGGCAGCUGGUGGGACUGGCAGGAGACCCUGGCUCACAGCUAGUUAAUAAGUGUCCUAAUUAGGAUCUUUCCGCCAAAGCCUAUUUCUGAAUGCACUGAAUAUGUUGCUGCCUUAAUGAUGGAUUGUUAACGAGGCCUCAGAUCAAUGUUCGUAUUCCUGGGGAUUUCUACGAAUUGCAAAUGA